AUGGAGAGCAGGGCCAUCGCCGGCAAGCAAAUUACUGCCUCUUCGCAAUGGGAUCACAAUGAAGCUGCUCAUAAUGGUAGACUUCACUUUAAAGAAUCAGGUUACAAAGCAGGGGCUUGGGUGGUUCGCACAAAUGAUGAAAACCAGUGGCUCCAGAUAGAGCUGAUUAAUUCAAACGUUAAAAUAACAAAGGUUGCAACACAAGGACGAAACAGUCGAACGUUUUUUUACUGGGUAACCAACUACCAUUUAACUUACAGCAACGAUGGAGUAAAGUUCCACAUUUAUAGAGAACGUGGACAUAUAGAAGCGAAGAAUUUCGUUGGAAACACAGACAAAGACACUGUCGUGUCCCAUGAUCUUUUUCCACCAAUUAGAGCAAGAUACAUCCGUUUCCGACCGACAGCUUGGUAUGGUUGGAUAACAAUGCGAGUAGAGCUGUACGGCUGUUUAGGUAAAUAUGAAAUCGAUUUGUUGAUAACGAGUAAUGCGUUGAUUGACGUGUAA